AUGGUGCGGGGAGAGGGAUCUAAGCUGAUUGAUCUCGACGGUCACGAAUACUGCGAUUUUGUGGGAGAGCUAACCGCCGGACUCUUCGGCCACUCGGAGCCCAAGAUCAAGGCAUCCAUGUCAAAUGUCCUAUCGAACAUCGGCUUAAGUCUCGGAGCCACCAACGUCUACGAAAAGCAAUACUCGGAAUUGCUAUGUGCUCGUUUCAACUUGGAAAGUGUUCGGUUUUCAAAUUCAGGCACUGAGGCCAACUUGCACUGCAUUGCCGCCGCUCGCAAAUUCACUGGCAAACGCAAGAUUGUGGUAUUCAGGGGUGGAUACCACGGAAGUCUCUUGUCAUUCUCUCUUGGGGCUGCGCCGAACAACGUCGACCAGCAAGACUGGAUCAUCUCUCAAUAUAAUGACGUUCGGCAUUUGACUGAGGCUUUUGAGAGCAACAAAGGAGAUAUCGCUGCGGUAUUGGUCGAGGGAAUGCAAGGCUCUGGAGGCGCGAUUCCUGCAACCACCGAGUUCCUUCGUGCGAUUAGAGAGCAUUCUCGCGCCGCCAACGCACUCUUCAUACUCGACGAAGUCAUGACAUCUCGACUCUAUGGCGGUGGAAUAGCCUCCACAUUCGAUCAUGAUUUAGCUCCGGAUAUGAAGACGUUCGGGAAGUACCUUGGCGGCGGUAUGCCCUUUGGCGCCUUUGGAGGGCGUCGCGACGUUAUGGCCGUGUACGACCCACGAAUGCAGGGAUCUCUUGCCCAUUCAGGCACUUUCCAGAACAACACUCUCAUGCUCAAUGCGGGCUACACUGGCCUGACCGAGGUAUUCACACGUGAGGUAGCUGACGCAUUCCACCAGAGGGGCGAGGCUCUGCGUGCGCAGCUACUAGAGGCGGUCCAAGGGACUCGGUUCACAGUGACGGGCCUUGGAACCCUCAUUUGUAUUCACGCCACCACGAACGGGUUGUCCCGGGAUCAGAUACAAUGCAAGGACGACUGGACAACGGUAGAGGAUGGGGACCUGAAGCGGCUCUUCUGGUUGGAAAUGUUGGAGGCAGGGUACUGGAUCCACCCGCGUGGCAGUAUGGCCUUGAAUCUGGCUCUGACCGCAGCGGACAUGGAUCGGUUUGUUGGGACGGUCCGAGACUUCUGCAAAAGACAUCAGGAGAUGAUAAGAAAGUAG